GGCUCGACGCAGCACAUGUGGCCGUUCCCCGCCGACAAGGUCAUGCAAGGCUACGCCUACAUCCUCACGCACCCCGGCACCCCAAUGAUCUUCUACGAUCAUUUCUUCGACUGGGGCCUCAAGAACGAGAUCGCGCAACUGGUUUCCAUCAGGGACCGCCACGGGAUCCAGCCGGACAGCGAGCUGCGCAUCAUCGAGGCUGACGCCGACCUCUACCUCGCUGAGAUCGACGGCAAGGUCAUCGUGAAGAUCGGAUCAAGGUUCGAUUGUGGGAACCUCAUCCCAGCAGGUUUCCAGGUUGUGGCGCACGGCGAUGGCUACGCCGUCUGGGAGAAAAUCUGAGACAGAUUUAUGCCUCCGUACGCCCGGCACACAGAGCCUUAGAAGAUUUGACCUUCAUACUCUGAAAACUGUCAAUGUAGUAAAAAUUAAGUUCAUCCGUAAACAAAUUGAGGAUGAAUGGCAUACAUUUUGUACGGUUUUAUGAAUACCCAAUACAGACUUUCUUGUU